CAAAACAGCCGAGUGUCAGGCCACAGCUGAGCUGAUGCGAUCUCCGAGCCUAAGUGACAGAGCUGCCUGUCUCCUCCUCCUGGAAGUGAGCGCCUCUCCUGUGCUGGACCGCUGCACUUCCCGUCCCAGAUAGCAGACUCGUUACCUAGGACCUCACACCUACGGACAGAUGGUUACAAGGCAAUUGAGCUCUUGGGAAAGUAAUGUCAGUGUUGUUGCUGCUGGACACAUACCUGUAUUUCUUGACCUCUAGGAGGAGUAUCUGGAGAAGACUUGAUCUAAGGCCUGUGUACUCCUGCUGUAGACACUAUAACAUUUACUCAGGGAUCCGCAGUAAGAGCUUUGUCUCCAGCUUUCAACAGCCCGCACAUCUACACAGGAAAGCAGGAGAAAGAGAAUUUAUUCACACCAAAUCCCAGGAUCAUUCUUACUCCACACGUUCUAAACUCAGCACCACAACUUCAAAGGGAAUAACUAUAGCCAAAAAGUCUAUGUCACGGAUCAAGAGCACUUUGGAUUCUGUCACCAAAGCUGUCUCGAGCACUCAUGGGGAAUUGCUUUCACGUAUUGUACGUCCAAAGCCGAAUCCUGCCAAUACUGGGAAAGAAGAAAACAUCCAAAUAAGAGAAGCAAGUGCAGCCCAGUCCAACUCUGGUAAAGGAGACGUUCAAGACACAAGCAAAGAACCACUUCCAACUCCAUCUAAGAAGCCAGAUAGUACAACUGAAUCUACCUCUCAGCUCAUCCAAGCAUCCACACCACAAGAAAGCGGUGAGCCAAAAACCGGCCUGUUCCAUGUAAGCUACAUUACAACUAACUUUGGGGAGACAUAUAAUUUCUUGGCCCAUCAUAUAAACUCCUAUUUUGCUAAUGAAACAAGCAUGGAGAAAGCUAACGGUAAAGGCCCCACCAGUAUUGAUGUAAGCAGCGACCCGGACAGAGACUUAACCGCAGAAACUGAAGACGGUGCAAGUUCUGCGAAGAAAAGUAUUUCAAACUUUCUAUCAAAUCAGUCCAGUAGCGUUCAUGCUUUUGUGGGUAAUUAUCUUGGUGGGCUUGUGCCUAAAUUCAAGCCUGAGCAGAAGCUUGCCUUAGAGGAAAAGGCAAAAGAACUAGAAAGUGACGAAUUCGAGAGUAAGACUGAGCAAGAAAUCAGUAAAGACAAAGGAGUCGAUGAAAAAGCCAAGCGGUUGUCUCUUCAGAGGGAAAAGAUCAUUGCCCGUGUGAGCGUGGAUAACAGAACCAGAUCUUUAGUUCAGUCGCUGCAGAGGGCCUCUGACCGGAGACUGUGCAUCAAUCGGGUUGAGGAGCUGAGCUGUCACCUUCUGGAGUUUCCCGAAACCAGAGGAGUCGCCGUUAAGGGAAAAGCUAUUCCUUACUUGCUGCGACUACGACAAGCACAUGAUGAGACUCUCCGAGCGGCUGUGAGAGAAGCCUUAGCCUUGAUUGGUUACAAUGACCCUGUGAAGGGCAGGGGGAUUAGAGUACUCACCAUUGAUGGUGGAGGGACCAGAGGAGUUGUAGCUUUACAGAUGUUACGGAAAUUAGAAGAGCUGACCGGGAAGCCAGUGCAUCAGCUAUUCGACUACAUCUGUGGGGUCAGCACAGGGGCCAUACUGGCGUUCAUGCUGGGGUUAUUCCACCUCCCACUUGAUGACUGCGAAGAGAUGUACCGUAAAUUAGGAAAUGAUGUCUUCAAGCAGAACGUCAUCGUUGGAACAGUUAAAAUGGGCUGGAGCCAUGCCUACUAUAAUAGUGAGAUGUGGGAAAAAUUGCUGAAGGAAAAAAUGGGCUCUGACCUUCUUAUUGAGACUGCAAGAAAUCCUUCAUGUCCUAAGGUCGCUGCUGUCAGUACCAUAGUUAACCGAGGGAUACCAUUAAAGGCCUUUGUGUUCAGGAACUACAACCAUUUUCCGGGUGUUAAGUCACCUUAUAUGGGUGGAUGUCAGUAUAAUUUGUGGCAAGCAAUUCGAGCUUCAUCUGCGGCACCAGGAUACUUCCAGGAGUAUGUACUUGGGAAUGACUUGCACCAGGAUGGAGGACUGCUUAUAAAUAACCCAUGUGCUCUAGCUAUUCAUGAAUGUAAGAGCCUAUGGCCAGAUGCUACUUUCCAGUGCAUAGUCUCACUUGGCACAGGGCGGUAUGAGGGUGCAAUAAAAACUAAUGCUACUCACACCAGUCUGAAAGCCAAACUGAACAACGUGAUCAGCAGCGCAACUGACACAGAAGAGGUUCACAAAACACUGGACGCCUUACUACCACCAAACACCUAUUUCCGAUUCAACCCAGUCAUGAGUGAAGACAUACCAUUGGAUGAAAACCGUAAAGAAAAACUCAGUCAACUUCUGCUAGAUGGGCAGAACUAUCUAGAGCGAAAUGAGGAGAAACUCAAGAAAGCUGCCACGGUCUUGAAACAAGACAGAACAACAUUCCAGAGGAUUUGUGACUGGACUAAAUUAAAAGUUGACAUGUAUGAUGGCUUUCCUGUCUCCAAGCUGUAGAGCUGCAACCAUGUAUGACACUGAGGUGCAUAUGUCCAAUACUAGUCCACACAUCAUUUGUGUGCUGUUUACAUCUCCUGUAGCUAAGAGGUAAAAGGGAUCCUUGCGACUGAAGCUACUGGAAUUGCAUCUUCAAGUAUAUCGUGGAGCCAGAGGGAUUAAAUUUAUUUCAUUAUAGACAGAUUUUUACAUUGGUGUAUAAUGCAUUUGAGAAAAGGAAUGUACAUAUUAUAAAUAUUUCCUCACUUUUACUGUAUUUUAUUAACCUGUUGGAUAUUCUUGGUUAAGCGUUAUACAUGAUUAUUUAAAAUGAAAUAUUGAUUGCCGUCCUUGCCUCCAUCCUGUCCGAGGAUUAGUGCACUAAAAGAGCUGCUUUAUUCUCCACUUAUAUACUGUAUAAAGGGGCAGUAGUGUGCGCAUAAGUUGAUUUAAAUGAGUCAGGUGUACAGUGAACUGGUAUUUCUUAAUAAUUAUGACAUGCAGCAGAGGUUCACCAUUGAACAUCAUUUUCCAGUUGACUAUAAAGAAAUACUCUGCAUAAAAAGUUAAAUUGUUGCUUUAUUUGUCCAGCACUGACCUGAAAUCCGUUCAGAAUCUGAAAUCCAUCAAAAUGAAAUCUGAAUAAUUUUGGCCAGCCAUCUAAUUUGUGGACCUUUCAACUCUCCUCUGAUGGCAAAAAAGGGGAGAUAAGGAUGAGACAGUUGGACUACAGCGUUGGUCAGACAGCUGUCUAAUAUAUAUGGCUAGCUUUAGAAUCCGUCAACAACUUAACUGACUUUCUAGGAAUCAGUGUGUUACUUAUUUGUACAUCAUAUUAAGCUUGCCAUACACAUGAGAGAUUGAUAGGCAACUUUGCAGUCCAUCAGUUGUUCAUUGUAUCGUUCAUAAGAACAAUCCCACCAGCACCAUGUCAGACUAACCUGGCUGAUCGCGGUGUCCGUUUGAAAAAAAAUAAAAUCCACUCCCUGGUCCUUCAGUAUGUUUGCAAAUGAUCGACCUAAUUUGGCUAAUCAGGCCAUACUCAAAAAUGUUCCUGCCUAUUCAUUCAAACAAUAGUCAACCAAAAUCGGUUGUUUUGGCUAACUUUAAUUUCAUGUGUAUAGUCAACUUUAGUUUGUACAGUGACUGCUGUAAAGAUUUCACUUCCCAGGAUGUAAAACACCAGCAAAAGCUGUGUGCUGAGACUAAACAAGCAGGGAGUGCUGAAGGGUUGGAGUCCAGUACCCUAAACUAUGUAGCUCUGGGCUUGUUGGAUUUCAGAAUCAGUACAGAAAAAUGAAAGCAAGGUGCUUACUAAUGAUUAUGGCUUUUGCAAAUUAUAAAUGUGGCAUACACUUUGAGAUGUAUUUUUAUGAUGCACUGUUUAUAUUUGUUAAAGGGCUUGGCCAACAAACAACAUUUAUCAUCUGUGAUAAAAGAAUGCUUACCGGGGGGUGACCACUGGGACCCCCUUUAAAUAAAACAUGUCAUGAUGAAAAUGUAGUGCAACCAUGUUAUAAAGCAGGAGAAGCUGAGCAGAUUGAUAUAUAGUUUUAUGGGAAAAGAUGCAGUAAAACUUGUAAUUAAUUCAAAAUGUCUCCUCUUUCUUAGAUCGGUAGACAAGUGGCUGAAACGAUCAGUGAUGACAUCUAUCUUUGUAUACACAAUUAUACAGGGAGAGCUGUCGAUCACUAAUAAGAUGGGCCACUUAGGCAACUGAGCUCAGGAAGAGCUCUAUAGCUCUAUAAUAUGCUGCCUGUAGGUGGGACUGUUUUUUUUUUCAUGGUGACUGCUUCCUUUUAAGCCAAUAUUUUAUAUAAUAAACCUCAGAAUUGAUAGUAAUAUAAUACUAUAUAUAUAAUAAUAUAGUUGAACAGUUUGUCCAAGAAUGAACUUCUCCUUAGCAUUGUUCCUUCACUGCCAGACCAUUAAACUUCACAGUGUACUGCU